GCUGUGCUGUUUAUCUACAAGUCCCUUGGCAUGAAAGGUGGUACGCCCUUUCUCUCGAGUAUCAUGGGGCCGUUCCUAAAUGCCAUCCGCAAGGGCGAGCCCAUGUUCCGGCGCUUUCUGUUUGCGACGUUGGCGUCUCUGGUGGACAUUGUGAAGGAGCACAUCCGCAGUUAUCUCAACGACAUCUUUGAGGUGGUCAUAGAGUUCUGGAAUGUUGACAGUAUCCAG